GCGCUCACCCUCGCCCUGCGGCGCCGGCGGGCGGCGGCCGCGCUGCCGGGGGCUGCGGGCGAUGGCCAUGCUGAUCUGUCUUUUCAGACAGGCCUGAGAGGUAUCCUUCAGGACUACAACUGGAAAAUACAACUGAAAUCCAGUAGUACUCUGCCUGUCUCACUGACUGAAAUGAAAAGCAGCGUGAUCACUGCGAAGAGGCCUCUCAGCACUUCACACUCAUCAGUGGAUUCAGAGGAAAUAAAAAAAUUCCAGCUCCUCGCGCAUAAGUGGUGGGAUGAAGAAGGAGAAUAUUCAGCCCUUCAUUCUAUGAAUGAUAUUAGAGUGCCAUUUAUUAGAGAUACUCUGUUGAGCAUGAGUUGUAAUUAUCAUCUGGGAAAUCCACUUUCUGGAGUAAAGAUUCUUGAUGUUGGCUGUGGUGGAGGACUGCUAAGUGAGCCUUUAGCUAGACUCGGAGCUUCAGUUACUGGAAUUGAUCCUCUGGAGGACAACAUUAGAACAGCAGAUCGGCACAAGUCAUUUGAUCCAGUCCUGGCCAAGAGAAUACAGUACAAGUCCAGUUCACUGGAGGAGAUUGUGGAAGAGUCUAUGGAAACCUUUGAUGUAAUUGUAGCUUCUGAAGUAGUGGAGCAUGUGGCUGACCUUGAAACGUUUAUCAAGUGUUGUUCUCAGGUGUUAAAGCCUGAAGGUUCUUUAUUCAUUACGACAAUCAAUAAAACACAGUUGUCCUACGUCCUGGGAAUUGUAGUUGCAGAAAAGAUAAUGGGCAUUGUACCAGAAGGAACACAUGAGUGGGAGAAGUUUGUUCCCCCUGAAGAGCUGGAGCACCUCCUGGAAUCAAAUGGCUUUUCAGUCAAGACUGUGAAUGGGAUGUUGUAUAAUCCGCUCUGGGGUUCGUGGAGCUGGAUGGAAAGCACGAGCCUUAACUACGCAAUGCAUGCCGUGAAGUCUGGGGCUCAGGGACAGUCAGGCCCCACAGAUGCCCCGUCAGAGAUGGACAUUCAACAGCGCUCAGCCACAGCUGGCACAGCUGGCACUGCCUCAGAUGUCACUGUCUGAGAUUUGUGGUGAUGCACUGUCACCAGGACAGAAAAGAAGGUUUUACUCAGAUGGACAUAAUAAAACCUUUUCUAACAACAAGUUUCCUGUUUGCAUCAAUAAUACUUGUGCUAUUUUUGGCCAAAUAUUUUAGGGCAGUCUCAUAAAAAAACAAGUGCCCAUUAUCUCAGGAGUCUUUUAAGAUUGAAAUGAUCAAAGCUUUUAAAGAGUAAGUAUUUUUAUGAGAAAGUAGUUUCAAAUUGUUGGACAGGGAAAUGCAAAUUAUUCUGUCAGUAGCUUGGAGGAAGCUCCUCUAUGUGGAGGCAUUUUCAGUCCUACUGGGACUCAGAUCUUCACAGAAUAAUAGUGUAAAUGUAAAAUGAGUUAAAACCCACAAUGAUGUACAAUAAAUAAAAUGCAUUGGGUAUUUAAGAUACUCAACUCUGUUAUGA